UGGACAUCAGUCAAAAGAUCAGAUCAUGACAAACCUCAGCGAGCAUCUUGAUUACAAUAUACAUCAGCUGGGACUUGAUUGCUGAACAAUCUCUCCAAAGCAACAUGAUGCGUCUCUCCGACCGACGUAUUCGUGUAGCACACAAUAGAAUCCUCCCAUUUGGCGUACGCCUUUUACUCCGACGGCACGAACUCUCUCCACGUUCCCCCAAUGCUAUGCUUUAAACAGCCCAGCUGAAUCCUAUUUCAUGAUACUCACUUUCUGCAUCUCUCAGAGCUCUAUACUCAUGACCUGAGAGUCCUCUUCACAGGCAAGACCCACCAUUUAUGACUAUACUCUACUCUGAUUCCAUCUGAACGCAGAGGUCACAACAUCCAUAAUACCCCGUGACUACCUAUUCAAUACCAUAUUAUACAAUAACCAUACAAUGUCACCAUCAAACCCCCUCAACACCCAAGCCACGUACUUCAAAUCCCUGCACCAACCGGGCCAACCAGUCAUUCUCGCCAACACAUGGGAUGAAUCCUCCGCACGAGUCAUCGGCUCACUUCCCACCGUGCAAGCCAUCGCAACCGCCUCAUACGCCGUCGCUUUGGCAUCUGGAACCACCGACGACGAGCUAACCCUCGAAAAUAACCUUUCAGCCGUAUCCCGUAUUUCCAAGAUCGCCCAAGAAUUCAACAAACCAUUGACCGUGGACCUACAAGACGGAUACGGGUCACGUCUAGAAGAAGCCAUCGCCGCCGUCAUCUCCCAUGGUGCCGUUGGAGCCAACAUCGAGGAUGUCGAUAAAGAUACGAAGAAGCAGUAUUCAGUCGAUGAAGGGGUCGCGCGGAUUCGACGGGCUUUGAAGGCUGCGGAGGAGAAUGGAGUGAAUGAUUUUGUGGUUAAUGCGAGAGUUGAUACGUUGUUGCAUGGUGGGGAGAUGGAGGAUACGAUUUUGAGAGGGAGGAAAUAUCUCGAGGCCGGGGCAACGACGGUUUUUGUCAUUGGUGGUGCUACCAGGGGUGGGUUGAAGACCGAGGAGGUGAAAACUUUGAGCGAUGCUCUAGGAGGAAGAUUGAACGUGUCGGUGGCUUUGUCGCCGGGGAAAUUGACUGUUGAUGAUGUUGCUGCUAUUGGAGUCAGUAGAGUCAGCGUGGGUCCGCAGUUAUAUUUCAAAGCGACAGCUGCCAUCAAGGACGCCGCCGAGGGUCUCUUCUCUUCGAGGGUUGUAUCGGCGACGUCUUAAGAGAAGUAUCAAGUUUCAUUCAAGGAGGCCUUGGUCUUUUCAUGACCUUUCCCUGAUAUCCAUUUACCCACGGAAAUAUAUCGUCUCACGCCAAUUCAAGCUCAUCAUCAUCAUCACUCGCCAACAAGUCUAGC